AUGGACUAUUCAUUGUAUCCAACAAUACCUGUUCUAAUAGAACGAUCAAAUUUAGAUCAAAAAUGGGGUUUUCGUCUUCAAGGUGGAGUUGAUUUUCGGUUACCAUUAUCAAUUAAAAAGAUAAUACCAAAUACACCAUCACACAAUAAACUUUAUCCAGGCGAUGGUCUAAUGUUUAUUGAUGGACAAGAUGUAAGCACAAUGAAACAUGAAGAUGCACAAUAUAUAAUGCGUAAUUCAUUACGUUUACAACUUAUUCUUCGACGUGGUCUUCUUAAUACAGUUCGACCAUCAAAAGCAUCUGUUAAAUUUGCUCCGGGACCUAAUCCACGUGUCAAUCCAGCAUUAUACAAUACUACAACACCAAAUAACUAUCGUCGUUUUUAA